AUGUCGCACCUACCGAGUAGAUCCCGCCCGUCUCGAAAGCCAGCCGAAGCCGAUCUUCGCGCUACAAUGAAUCGAUCGGAAUCCAUGGACCCUUCUGUUCCGCAUUUCGUUCCUUCUCAGCCAAGGCACAAAAAGAGAGAUAGCAUCUCAAGCUCUGGUCCCUCCGUCACCAGUCCACCAUCAACCAGAGGUCACAGAGCAGAAGUUAUCGACAAUCGAACUGUCUCUCAAAGUCUUCAGGACUGGAUGGAGAAUAGAGUGUCAGAUAUCAUCAAGACAAUCUGUGAGACUACAUCUAUCCCACAAAAAGUUCAACACAAGGUCAGCAUCGAACUUCAAAACCUUGUUGUAGACUUCGCCGCUCAACAAGUCUUCGUUACUAAAACCGAAGAACAAUACAUGAACCAAGUCAAAGAUCUCGAGCGCCAGCUUCUGGAGGCUUCCAGCGAUUUCUCGGAUGAGUCUGGUGAACCAACUCGUCGUGAAUUACUUGCCAUCAUUGCUUCUCAACGUGAGGAGUUACAAGUCAAGGAAAACCAACUUAAUGGAAAGAGAAUCCUUUGGCUUGCAUCACAUCCGCCAGCUUCCCAACUGAGAUCAUCAGACACCAAUCCUUUUCGUCUUCCAGGCGGCGGCAGUCGAUCUCACUCACAAUUACAGUUGGAGGCUCCUCCUUCAUUUAACAAUUCGCAUUCUGGAUAUCGCAGUGGCGGCCCAACAUCGAUGACACGCCUCUCGAGAGCUUCCCUGGCAGCAAUGGAGAAUGCGGCCAUUGGAGACCAUAUGUCACCUACACAGGAGGAAUACGAUCGAGUCAAGGCAUCCGUAUCCGUAGCAGUUCCAGAUAGUGCUUUGGAGAAUGUUCCGUCCAUACUUAAUAUGCGAAAUACCAUGCGUAGCGAAACUGAAACUGUCAUUAAUCAUCGCCGCUCGCAAAUUAUGCCAUUGGUUCCAUAUAAGAGCCAACCUUCGAAUGUCCAUGACACGGGUAAGGAGUUCACAAACGACUUCGGUAAUCUCUUUGCGUCUAUGGAAGGAUGGUGCCGCGAAUAUGCUUGCGUUCCAAAUCUUGCAGGAGAUCGCAAUAUUGCCAGCACAAACCAGGAGCUGUGGAACUACAUGAUGGGCGUUACUUACCAUGAUCCUCAAAGUGCACAUAGCCAUGUCAUGGCUCUUUUAGGUAACGAGAACACUCGUUUCUGGUUUGUCAUGAGAUUGGCGCUUGAAUAUUGUUUCAAAAAAAUCAUGUGCAUCGAGACUUAUGAGAAGUAUAACCAAAGUGUUAAGGAACAUUUGGUCAGCCUUAGGGAGCGCCUUGCUGCUAAGCCUAGUAAGUUUUAUUUAAUUAUUCCUCCCCAUUACUCUGCAAAUUACUAAUCUGUUAUUAUCAGUCAUUUCAAAUGAAAAACGACAAGCUCUUAUUGCCGAGCAAACCGCAUUGAUCAAGUCAGUCAUUAACUCACCCGACUAUGUUACAUUCCGCAACGACAUGCUUGUUCACCAUACGAAGAGACUUCGUGACAUUCUUGGUCCUUUAAUGAACCAAGGAUGCUCACGCACAAAGGCCGGCGGAGAUCUCGGUGUAAUGAUCAUUUCCUCUAUGGAAAUAUGUGCUAAGAUGUGGACUGCUAAGUUGAGCUUCCAAAUCGUCUUUCCCGAUCUUCUAGGUGUUAAGUUUACAGCCGGUACCAUGACUCCAAAGGAUCAUCCUAGGGAUAAUCCAUAUCAGUUACAGACAAAGCAAAAGCGACUCAAGCUAGUCAUGACUCCUUCUAUUACCAUGCGCGAUGAUAACUCCAUCACGAUCAUCGCCAAGAAUCUUCAUAAGGCGAAUGUUCUUCUCAUGACAUAA